UUGGCGUUCCAUAUGUAUACGUACCUUGCGAAAGAAAUUUGAAGCCUGCCGAUCGUCCGAUAAGAAAACCACCAGAUGAUAAUUUUUUUAAAAUGGCUUUUGAUGUUGGAAAUGAUUUUCUAAAUAAGCAGCUAUGCCAGUGGCUUGAAUGGGAUAAGAAUGAGAAAACAAGAAAGGAAAUUUUGGAUCUAGCUGAGUGCAAGAAUACAGAUGAACUCCACAAGCUCUUCGAUAAAAGGAUAGCUUUUGGCACUGCUGGAUUGCGGGCUGCCAUGGGUGCUGGAUUCUCCAGAAUGAAUGAUCUAACCAUCAUUCAGACUACACAGGGGUUAGUGAAACAUCUACUGGAGGCUAUUCCUGAUGGCUCAAGUCGUGGAGUCGUAGUUGGCUUUGAUUCUAGGUACAACAGUCCACGUUAUGCUGAAUUGGCAGCUUCAAUCUUGCUGAGAGAGGGGGUCAAAGUUUACUUGUUCUCAGCUAUUGUACCCACACCAUAUGUGCCUUAUACAGUAAGGAAGUACAAGUGUGCAGCAGGUAUAAUGGUCACAGCAUCCCACAAUCCCAAGGAUGACAACGGCUACAAGGUUUACUGGCAAAAUGGUGCACAGAUUACAUCACCAACUGAUAAAAACAUAGCCACGCAUAUAGAGGCAAACCUGGAACCUUGGCAAAAUUCAUGGGACACUUCCAUCAUUUCAACAAGCCCUUUACUGCAGCAUCCCUUAGAUGAGAUAAACAAUUUGUAUAUGCUUGAUGUUCAGAAGUAUUGCAUUUACAGGGAUAUUAAUAAAUCAUCACAGGUACGAUUCACAUACACACCAAUGCAUGGAGUAGGUCUUCAGUAUGCGCAGAGGGCAUUCAAAUCAUUUGACCUUUCACCUUUCGUUGCAGUCAAAGAGCAGUCUUCACCAGAUCCAGAUUUUCCAACUGUUAAAUUUCCCAAUCCAGAGGAAGGCAAGAGUGCAUUGAACCUUGCCAUGAAAACUGCCGAAGAAAAUAAUUGUAGUAUAAUCCUUGCGAAUGACCCUGAUGCUGACCGGAUUGCGAUGGCCGAGUGGAAUAAAGUGGACCAUUCUUGGAAGGUGUUUACUGGCAACGAGACGGGGGCGCUGCUUGGUUGGUGGGCUUUCCACUGUUACCAACAUCAAAGGCAGAACAAUCAGCAGUGUGAUUCAGGGGAGUCGGUUUAUAUGCUAGCAAGUACUGUAUCAUCAAAGAUAUUAAGAGCUAUUGGUAAAAAAGAAGGUUUCAAGUUUGAAGAGACCUUAACAGGAUUCAAGUGGAUGGGGAAUCGUUCUCAUCAACUGCAAGAGAAAGGACACACUGUACUUUUUGCAUUUGAAGAAGCUAUUGGCUUCAUGUAUGGUUCAAAUGUGCUGGAUAAAGAUGGUAUCAGCGCCUGUGCAAUCCUGGCUGAGAUGGCUGGGUACCUUGCUACACAAGGCAUGACCAUGAAGGAGAAGCUCUAUGAUAUAUACAAGAAAUAUGGUUUCCAUUACUCCAUCAACUCUUACUACAUCUGCCACCAUCAGCCUACCAUCCAGAAUAUGUUUGAUACCAUUAGAACAAUGGAAAAUGGAAGUUACCCGAGUGCUUGCGGUGAAUUCAAGAUAACAGGAACUCGAGAUCUAACAACCGGCUUUGAUAGUAAUCAACCUGACAAUAAAGCGAUUUUGCCAACAAGCAAGUCGAGCCAAAUGAUAACAUUUACAUUUGAAAAUGGCGCUGUUGCUACGUUGAGGACAAGUGGAACUGAACCCAAAAUCAAAUAUUACACUGAAAUUUGUGCCGACCCUUCUUUAAGUGACUAUGAGGCAUUGAAAGAAGAAUUGCGCCACCUUGUGCAGAAUUUGAUUGACAACUUCUUGCAGCCGAACAAAAAUAACCUCCAAUCGAACGUUUAAAUCAGAAGGUGGGAUGUACAAAAAAAUAUGGAGACUAAUUUAACAAUGGAGAUUCUAUGACAUAGAUUCCACUGCAGUCUGAAUAAUGAAAGCCAAAACUAUUAAAAGAUGCUGAUGUGAUUGCUCUAAAGGCAAACUCCGACACCAUUAUACGACACAGCCAGAUGCAGUUUUUUUUCGUGUCUGUGAGGUGAAUGCUGCCACAAAAUAUGGUAUGCAUCAGGGACAGCCGUUUCAAAGACUCAUGAUAACAAGACUGCUCCCGAUGAUAAGUCGUGUCAGGAUACAGUCUGAGUUGGCCUUCAUGACUGAAAAAUAUGCUAAUUAGAUAUAUAAUUAUCGUAUUUAAUAUUUAUAAGAACCUACUACUUGCAGGUACAGCAUGUAUAAUGUUCAAUAAGCUUCAACAUUAUAUAGCAAACUAAGCUAGCUGCCUUGAUGUGCUUAAAUUUUGUCAGGAAAAAUCAGAAAUAUAGACUAGUAUUAAAACUAAACUUACUGCUAACCUAAGCAUGGUUGGACAUUACUUACAGGGGCCUGUUUCUACUGACGAAAAAAGAACCGUUCUUAAGAACCAUUGUUUUAAGAACGGCUUUUUUUUUGUGGCAGUACAAAUGGGGCCCAUAAGAAGGAACCAUUCUUUUAACAUGCCUAAGAACGUUCUUUGGCACAGGACAGAAACAAUCCAUGCCCAACACGUGAAGAGUAGUUUCCUACUUAAUAUUGUAUACAUAUAAUUCACAUUGUAUGUAGGUUAUUAAUGUCGCUAUUAUCCAAAGAUGUAAGAAUGUGUUUUUAUGAUCAUUUGAGUCUUUUAUCCAAAAAGCUUCAAGAGAUGAUUUUUUUAAUUACUGAAAAUAUGAUCUUAAUCUGCAGUCAUAUCCUUAAUUUUUGUUGUAGAAAAUUUCUGUCCAGAAUUUUGAACAUUAAGUGAUAAUAUAUAUUUUAUGAUUGGCUUUGAAUGAAAGUGUAGUCUUUUGGAAUGAUGGCUAUGUUAUUUAUUUACAAACUGAGUGAUAAACAGUCUGUAGGAAAGCUUUUUAGCACGAGGGUCAUCAAUUAGAUGAGAUAACUUGUGUUACACGCCUAUGGUUAUAAUAUUUCAUUGAUAACUAUAUUAAUAAAAGAACAUUGAUAUUUACUAUAAUAUUGUAUUACAAUCUCUAUUUGAAAUUUAGUUGUGACUUUUAUUCUAUUUUUUAUUGAGGUGCCCACUUUAAAUGCAAGUGUUUGGAUAUAAAUUCUGUAAACUCCAGAAUUUUUUCACAAAUAAGUGAAAUCAACUUCCUUGUUUUAUUUCUAUAAUUUUUACCUAUAUGAUUGCAAGUUGUUAACUUAUUUAAACCUCUUAAAUUAGCUGUUCAAUGUUUUAAAUGAAUAUUUUAUUGUUUCCUGUAUUUUAAGACAUAUUAUAUAUAUUUAAAUGAGCCGUUCAAUGUUUUAAUUGGAUCGAUGAUUAAGAUACUUCACUUAUUCUCUUGAAAUCAUAUAAACUUAACAUGAGUUGAUAGCAAUUUAUGAUUACCACAAUUAAUUACCAUAAUUAAUAAAAAAUGUUGUUUGAUCUCAACAUGAAUAGUCUGCCAAAUCUAUUUAAUUACUUUGUGACGUGCAUAAAAACAAGAUUACUAGUACUUUCUGUAUUUUCAAAAUCAGUGUUUUUCAAGACAGUGGUACCAUGGAAUGUAAAUUUAUAAAAUAGCUUGUUUUAGAGUACCAAGCACCCCUCUUUCUUGUUUUUUUUCUUCUUCCUUCUUGUCUUCUUCUCUCCCAUGCAACAACCUUGGAUCUACCAUUGUAGGAGCGUGUGGUGCAACGUGUAAGGUGUUGGACUUCUGAUUGUGAGAUCGGCAGUGGUUCUUCCCUUCCAGCCUCUAGGACCUUGGCACUAUAUCAACAAUUAAUAAUAUUAAUAAUUAUCAACAUCAGUAAUAAUAAUUUUUUAUUUUUAGCCUGUUCAAACAAAAGGAUUUUGAUGUGUCUACCCUGUUUAAUUAAUGUAUGUUUUAUUUUCUGUAUUUUUAGUGUCUUCAUCGUUGCAUAAUGUAAAAUGAAGUGUAUUCUUUAUAUGUUUUCAUUUUUAGAUCAUGUAAUCAAAUAGUAAUAUUUUUUAUUAAUUUUAAAAGACCGCCUGAAAUUAAAUUCUUUUAGGUUGGUUUGAAACAGUUUGUAUCUGUAUGCUAUAGUUGUUUAUCCUCAGCAUUAUAUGAAAUGAUUACAUCCUAAGCUUGAUGCUUAGGUCAUGAGUGCAGCCUAUUACAGAUAUAUGAAUUAAUAAUGUUUAUCAAUGGAAAAAAUUGUAACUAGUAAAUAUUUGUAAAUGAAUUAAAUGUCAUCAAAUGUUUUUUUUAUGAUUUUCAUCAUUGUAGAAAACAUACUUGUGUGACCUCUUCUUUCCCCUGAAAGAGUUAUGAUUUUUUUAAAACUUAAGAUAAUUCAGUUUAUUGUUUUCAUAAAAGUGUAUAGGUAUGACUACACUGUAAACCCCUCUUCCACUUUAACAGUUGCAUCACAUGUUUCUUUGAUUUAUUUGUGAUGUGAAUAGCUUUAGGUUCUGCAUUAUUAUAUUAAAAUAAUUAUAUUAUAUUCUUUAUGAAUUUAUUAUUUUAAUAAUUUACUUAUUGUUUUUUUGGUUUUUUUUUUCCUAUUGGGGCUAAAAAUAUGAUAAAAAUAUAUUA